CACACCUUUCCACUUGGUCAUUGGGCAGACCAGACGCCGAAGCCCUGGGGAACUCCACUGGUUACUGUAGACUUUGAUGCCACAAUUUUUUCCUGCCAGCAGAGCAAAAGAUACCUGGGCUACCCAGAGUAGGAAGAAGAGGGAUCAGUCACAGGUUUGACAACUUACAAAGGAGCCAGAAAAAGUCCCCACAAGAAGACUCGGGAGUUGAUUCCCAAGUCACCACCCCACCCCUUGGCCCUGAGGGCCAAGCUGGGCCUUAGCUGGCAGAGCAGUGCCCAGAAGAGUAUGACCACUUCCCACUGACCUGGAAGCCCAGUCUCUCAAGGACCGUGAGAACUGGGAGUGGCGGGGAUAUCAUGCCCAUUUUACAGAUGGAGAAACUGAAGCUGAGAGCAGGGCAGCGAUUUCCCAAGGCCACAUGCAACUGACGGGAAGCAUGUCAUCCACCGAGCAAGUAUGGCACACUGGGGUGCCCCCACCAGGCCUGAGCAGCCCCACUGUGGUGACGCCCAUGAUGCCCAUGUCCCCUCCAGCCCCAGGCUCCCCUGAGGACGGAUCAGAGAAGGUAUCGUCCCCGCUGGAAUGCUCCAUCUGCUUUACGGGAUAUGAUAAUGUCUUUAAGACGCCGAAGGUCCUCUCUUGCACUCACGUCUUCUGCCUGGAGUGUCUGGCUCGCCUCAUGGCAGCCCAGCCUGCUGGGGAGUCGGACGACACGAUACCCUGCCCGCUCUGCCGCCAGCCCACACCUGUGCCGCUGACCGGCGCCCCGGCCUUGCGCACUGACCAGGAGCUGCUGGCGUCACUGGCCCCGCAUCUGCGGAAGGAGGAGCCGGUCUGGAUGGACGGGAGCAAACUCUGCUACAGGCCCCCCUUGCCUCCCAGCACGUCCGAGCCUCCGACUUGCAUCUGUGUGGAUGUGGGCAUGAGCAAGCCAGAUACUGUCAAUCUCCCGUCCCCCAUCCCACCUCGACGCAGAGGGAUCCUGGCCAGAUGUUCCUACUGCAGUGACUGGAAAAGAAUCGUCCUCAUCAGCGUGCUGCUGAUAAUCCUCUUCUGUUUCGUCCUGUGGCCCGUUCAGUGCGUCCUCAAGACUGGCAACCUUCGCUGCUUCACGAACAGUCCCCCUUCCUCGAUAAUUCACCAGUCCACCCCCUCCGCUUCACCUUUGAAUGAUAAUUAAUCAGGAUAGCCCCACCCCCACCUCCUCUGAGUGCAAUAAUCUGGCCUGGACCCCAGGCUAGCCUGACUGACAACCUGGCUGCUGGACCUCCCCCUACCUAGCCUUCUCAGCCUUCCGAGGUCCUACGUCCAGACUCUACCGUGGGACUGACUCUCAAGGACCUGAUUGUUUGGGGGGCAUGGAGGGGGGUGUGAAAUGAGGAGAUAAUACUUAAUUGAGCUAUCCUAGAUUCACAGACCCAUCAGAGCUGGAAGGGACCUUACUGGGCACCUACUCUAACUCUUUUACUUUACGAAGAAAAUGACUUGUCCAAGGCCACAAACUGAGCCAGGGACAGAGCUGGGAUUUGACCCCAAUUCUGCUGGCUCCUGGCCUAGAGCUCUAGAAUUUCUACUGGAUCCUUCAUUAAAAUGUGAAAAAGAACUAGGUGGGAAGGGGAGGGCGGGGUGGGCGAGGAUGGGGGGGCAAAGUGAGUGCCCCCUGGGACAGUGAUAAUGCAAUUUUCUAUAGCUUGUGUGUAUUUUAUUUUUAUUUUUAUGUGGACAUUUCACACCUGAGGCUCUGGUAUCUUCCACACCAUCCUCUCCCUAGGGGUUCCCCAGGAUGGGCAGGGCUGGUCCCUCUCCUCCCCUGGACCCCAUCCUGCUCUUUAGCCCUUCCUGCCCAAUACUUAUUGCCCCUCCUCAAGAAUCACCCUCCCCUACUUCCCUGGUCUGACUCUGACCUUAAACCCUCUUCCCCCACUAGUAGAAUUUGUCUUCAGGUGGGGGCACUGAGCCAGACUUUGCUGACCUCUCUAAUCCCCCCCCCCAUCAUUCCACUGGUCUGAGCAGAUCUUGGGCAUUAACUGGCAAACUUUCAAUUCUUCAGUACUUCCCACAGAUCCAUGACUGACCUGUGAUCGGGGAGCAGGCAGGAACCAAGGAGCAAUAUUUGCCCCCCUCCUUUGUUAAUUGCUGUUUGUUGGAUAAAGAAAUAAAUAAUUUUGUAUCUGU